AAUAAAUGUUAUAAUAACCUUGGAGAAAUGUUACAGAUUUCUACCUUCUCUCUCUCUCUCCUUCUUUCUUUCUUUAUCCCUUUUUAUUUGUGAGAAGAGCACAGUGCUACAAUUUUGACAGAGUGAGGUUUAGUGCCUCCCCGAGUAACCCUGACUGUUGCAGAGCUCUUUACUACCUUUUACUUCCUUUGUUCUCGCCCCACUCCUGCUAUACCACCUUCACUGUCAGUAUUAGUCCAGGCAUUUAAAAGAUGUAUUCUUAAUCUAAUGAAACUUUUAAUAACUAGAAAGGUUUGGGGAGCUGAGAAUUGGGAAAUUGGGAGCUUUUAUUUCGCCCAGCAGAGAGUAAACUACAUGGCCUCAUAUUUGCAGUCCCAAAUCAUCUUAUUGUCCCAAUUUGAAAGGUCACCAAGCUAAAUAUAUUCCAUGGGCAGAGCUAAUCUUGUGUACCUGAAGCCAUCAAAUCACAAAGGAUGUGGACACUAAUACAGUAUUUUUAUAAGUCUGAUCAUUGAACACCUGCAAGUGAACAUGUGGGAAUGAUCCCCCGCCCCCUCUACCCUGUUGCCUUCGAGUCGAUUCCGACUCAUAGCAACCCUAUAGGACAGAGUAAAACUGCCCCAUAGCGUUUCCAGGGAGCACCUGGUGGAUUCGAACUGCCGACCUUUAGAUAUGAAGCAUUUUUUGCAAAAGCUGAUCUCACAGUUGAUGGAUUGUUGUGUAGAUGUAGAAUCCAGAGAGGAGGAGAGUAUGCAGGCCACUCAGAAAAAGACAUAUUGUUCAAUGGGUUUCCUUUCCAGUUGGUAUAUGAACGUUACACAGAAGACAGGCCCAAAAGUGCCAAGCAGAAAAAGGACUUCGUCUGGCCAAUGGCAGUCUCCUCCUGUUGUGCUUAUCUUGAAAGAUAUGGAAAGCUUCACCACAAAAGUACUUCAGGACUUUAUAAUUAUCAGCAGUCAACAUCUACAUGAAUUUCCACUAAUACUCAUUUUUGGAAUUGCUACAUCUCCUGUUGUCAUCCACCGGUUACUUCCUCAUGCAGUGUCAUCACUGUUGUGUAUAGAACUAUUCCAGUCUUUGUCUUGCAAGGAGCACCUGACCACAGUACUUGAUAAGUGUGUUCUGUCCCCCUCUCUGUUUUAUAUCUUUCAGCUACUUCUUACAACUCAGUUUCCCUUUAAGCUAAGUGAAAAAGUGUUACAGGCUCUAACUAACAUCUUUUUGUAUCACGAUUUCUCAAUUCAGAACUUUAUAAAAGGACUUCAGCUUUCUCUAUUAGAGCAUUUCUAUUCCCAACCCCUCAGUGUUUUGUGCUGUAAUCUUCCAGAAGCCAAAAGAAGAAUAAGUUUUUUAUCAGAUAAUCAAUGUGAAAACAUCCGACGUCUUCCAUCCUUUAGAAGGUACGUGGAAAAUCAAGCUUCAGAGAAGCAAGUUGCGUUAUUGACCAACGAAAGAUUUUUAAAGGAGGAAACACAAUCACUACUAGAAAACCUGCAUGUUUACCACACAAAUUACUUCCUGGUUUUGAGAUGUCUUCAUAAGUUCACCUCUUCUCUUCCCAAGUACCCAUUGGGUCGACAGAUCAGAGAGCUAUACUGCACAUGUUUAGAAAAGAACAUAUGGGACUCAGAAGAGUAUACAUCGGCCUUACAGCUGCUGAGGAUGUUGGCAAAGGAUGAGCUGAUGAUCAUACUUCAGAAAUGUUUCAGUGUUUUUAAGUCCUCUUCUGGAAAGCAGCUUGGCAGCACAGCAAAGAGAAUAGAGGAGUUCCUGACCCAAUUUCAGAGUCUUGAUGCAGAAGCCAAAGAGGAAGAAGAUGCUUCUGGGUCACAGCCAAAGGGGCUUCAGAAGACAGACCUCUAUCAUCUUCAGAAGUCCUUGUUGGAAAUGAAGGAACUGAGAAGAACAAGUAAGAAGCAAACCAGAUUUGAAGUACUCAGAGAAAAAGUUGUAAACUUCAUUGACAGUCUGGUCAGAGAAUACCUUCUGCCUCCUGAGACACAGCCUCUGCAUGAGGUGGUAUACUUCAGUGCUGCCCACACCCUCCGAGAGCACUUAAAUGCUGCUCCGAGAAUCGCCCUCCACACUGCUCUCAACAAUCCUUACUAUUACCUCAAGAACGAAGCUCUGAAGAGUGAAGAAGGCUGCAUUCCAAAUAUCGCACCAGAUAUCUGCAUAGCAUAUAAACUGCACCUAGAGUGUAGCAGGCUAAUCAACCUUGUGGACUGGUCAGAGGCGUUUGCAACAGUUGUGACAGCUGCUGAAACGAAUGCAGGUUCUACAGUCUCAGAAGAAAUGAAUGAAAUUAUCCAUGCUCGGUUUAUUAGAGCUGUUUCUGAACUAGAACUUUUAGGAUUUAUAAAACCUACCAAACAGAAGACUGACCAUGUGGCAAGGCUAACAUGGGGAGGUUGCUAAAAGGCAAAUGAGUGAAGCCAAGAGAAUGACAUUUAGUUUAAGAGAAAAAGGAGACUGGUCAUAUUUACAUAUCACUAUAGGAGUUUAUUUUGGUGAGAAAUGUGUAAUCACCCACAUUAUGUUUAACCAGAAAAUAGAUAUAUGUUAACCCCAAACAGGUGUAUUUCAAAACAUCUCUGGAAUACUUUAGAAUCCAACAGAUAACACUCUUAUGUUGUAACUAAAAGCUGUGUGAUAUUAUUGCUGUAACUUUCAAAAAGUUAGUACUAAAUUACGAGUGAAUUGUUCUUGAGCAUAUGUACUGUAUAAAUAUAAUAAAUUCCUUUACUGGGAAUAUAAAUUUACAGUUGGUUUAGCAGUUCUCAUUCCUCCUCCCCCAGUUUCUUGCAUUGGCAUUCCUCACUCUACUAAGUUGUACAGUUAAGUAACAUGAAUAUUCUACAGAUUUAUCCAGGUGACUACGAGGUUCUGACCGCCUCUGCUUCCCUACUUCCUUCAGUCUUAAAAGGUUACAAACUUUCUGGCUUUAUGCUUAAAGGCAGUAAAUGUUCUACUUCAGGAUGACCCAUCAUGGAGUCUUAGAGCCAAUAACUCCUUUAGAAAUCACGUUCCAGAAUAAGGCCCAAGUUAAAUGAAUCUGGAUCUCUUCUAUGGCCAGAACUCAUCAAGACAUCAUGAAACAAGGAUACCCAACGUUCAGUAUUUAAUGAUUUACUACCAAGAGAAUUCUGGGACUUCUCUUUAAGGCUACUCACUAACAUAUGAAAAUUACUAUGUAAAUACAUAAAAAACUCGGUGCCGUCGAGUCGAUUCCGACUCAUAGGGACCCUAUAGGACAGAGUAGAACUGCCCCAGAGUUUGCAAGGAGCGCCUGGCGGAUUCAAACUCCGACCCUUUGAUUAGCAGCUGUAGCUCUUAACCACUACGCCACCAGGGUUUCCUGUAAAUAUAUAGCUGGGGGAAAAAAUCCAAGUCCAGUAAAAUUGCUUUAGUUAGCAAACCUAGGACUAGCCACAUAUCUAAUUGCAGGUAUUUGGUUUUGUGUGUGUAUGUUUGUCUUUAAGGACAAAAUAAAUAUGUAAUUAAAACUCAAUUCUGGAGUAUAAAAGGAGAUAUUGGGUUUAGAUUAAAGAAUAUCCUAGAACUCUGGCAACGUGAUGGGCAGAAAUAACAUUAAUAACUCCUCCCCUUCCCCCCACCCCCAUAAAAAUGAGGGAAAUCCCAGGGUACCAGAAACAUUCAACUGCAAGCAAGGGCAGAAAGUACCUGGCCGUGUAAGGACAGAAUGCCCCUGUACCCUCACAUGGUAAGGGGCUGAGACAGACACCUUGCGUUAAGUUGAAGACCUGCCCUCUCUAAAUACAGAAGCAGGAACAUUCCUCCCAUCUGCACAAGGAAGCAGCAGGAAAUCUGUCUCUUCCCAGGGCUCUGUAUCAGAAUAAAAAUUCAUGAUCCCAUAGGAAAUCAAAAUCCCAGCCUCUGCCACAAACAGGUCUGAAACUUUACAAACUAUAUGAUGCAAGAACCACAAGUAAAUAAACUAACAUAAAAACCUGGUGCCGUACUAGUUGAAACCACACUGAACACACUGAUAAUUGCAGAUGUCAGAAUCUCCCAUUCUUAGUACUGUGACCAUGUACUGAGCCACAAAGCAAAUCUCAGCAAAUACUAUAGAAUCAGUAUCAUACAUACUACAGUCUCUGACCACAAUGCAAUUAAAUUUGAAGUCAGUAACAAAAGGGUGGGGGGGGGACACUAAGGGUAUCAAAUCAAGACACACAUUGUAAAAUUAGCAGAUAUCAAUAACAUGUUAAUAUGGCAGAGUAUGUUCAGACUUUAAAGCUUUCUUAACUACACGUUUGUUGUUCUAAACACAUUUGAAAAAUUUUAAAUACUUCUAAGUAUGAUUAAAACAAGAAAUCUAUUUCAUUUUUCAAAGAUUGUAUACAUAAAAAAAAGAUCUACAAAUAAGUUUCUGAAAUCACAAAAGAUAAAAAUCAAUAGUAGCCCUACUUGCCAGCAACUACCAAUUCAAAAUUAUAAUUUUUACAAACAUAAUUUCAAUGAAAACUGGUCAUCUUUGAAGAGAUUUAUAAAACCUUUUAGGAGAAAAUUACAGACUAGAAAAAGACCUAAUAGAUGUUGAUAGAUGAGACUCAUUGACAGAAUGUCAAUUCCUCCCUAAAUAAGUCCAUAAUUAUUGUGCAAUUUCCAAUCAAAACCGCAACAAGGUUUUUCCACAAAUAAGACUGCAGAUCGUGAAACUUAUAAACAAGAAUUGAGACAAAUUUUAAAGAAAAGCUAAGGGGAGAAUAUGUCUUACCAGAUACCAUGACUUUUUUAUAAAGUUAUAAGAAUUCAAAUAGUGUGGUUUUUGCUGCAGGGACAGACAGAUCAGUUGAUCAAAACAGAAUGCAGAAACAUAUAUGGGAACCUGAUCUAUUAACACAUCUGUGAGAAAUGUUUCAGUAAGUUAAGGCGGCACAGUCGGCUAUCCAUAGGGAGGUAUGCCUGUUUCACCUCAUACAAAAGAAGUUAUGUGGAUUAAAGUUCUAACAGGAAAAAGCAAACUUUAAGAAAAUAUUUUUUUAAAUAUCAAGGCUGGAAAAGGGUUUUUGUUUAUAUGUAUAUCUAUAUACAUACACACACCAAAAACCACAAAACCAUUAAUAACUAAAUUUGGAUACAUUUAAAUUAGCACCACCACACAUCAAGAAAAUGACCAAAAAAAAAAAAAAAAAAAUACACAGACGAAUGAAACAUAACCAGUAAACUUAAAAAGUGCUUAACCUUAUUAGUAAUGAAAAAAAAAAGCAAAUUAAUUUUGAGAUACCAUUUAACACCCAUUAGGUUGACAAAAAGGAGCCCUGGUGGGGUGGUGGUGAAGAGCUUGGCUGCUAAUUGAAAGGUCGGUGGUUUGAACCCACCAGCUGCUCCUCCAAAGAAAAGAUGUGACAGUGUGCUUCUGUAAAGAUGACAGCCUUGGAAACCCUAUGGGGCAGUUCUACCCUGCCCAAUAGGGUUGCUAUGAGUCAGAAUCAACUAUAGCAAUGUGUUAGGAUGAAAAAAAAUUUAACUUAAAAAACAGCUGCCAUUGAGUGGACCCUGACUGUAACCAAAUGCAGCUUGUUUAUCUCCAGUAUUUCCCAAAAACUGAAAAUUCUGUCUGAACACUUGCUGGAUUCUGAUUGCCUAGUCCCUGCUGUUUCAAACUGUUGUAGAGAACAAUGGAAGGACUCAUCUGAAGUUAAGAGAGUGCAAACUGAUCAACAUUUUAUAGAGUUACAUACCUAAUACAGACGAUACUAUACCCUAUGGGCUAGCCAUUCCUCUUUCAAGAGUGUGCCCUAGAGAAAAAUUCAUACAUUUUGAUCCUUGUGUACAAAUAUGUUCACAGCAUUAUUUGUAAUAGCAGGAAUUUUAAUUUUAUCUGCCAUUAGGGGGAUAGAUAACAAUUGAAGUAAAUGAACUAAAAAGACAUGUUAAUGAAUACGUAGAAAAAAAGGUUGCCACAAAAAUAUGUAGUGCAAACAUAGCAGGAGUUUUUUUUAACCUACAAAUACUCAUCUAAACUCACAAUACCAUGUAUUGUUUAUGGAUUCAUACAUAUGGAGAAAAGUAUAAAAACUUGGAUGUGAAAGAAACACCAAGUUUAGGAAAGCAGUUCUUUGUAGAUGAAAGAAGGGACAGAAGAGCUUUCACUAUAUUCACUUUUUAUUCCUUUAAUAAAACCUGAAGCAAAUAUGGCAAAAUGUUAAUAUUUGUUAAUUUUAGAUAGGUAUAUAGGGCAUUAUUAUAUUUACUCUUGGUACUUUUUUUGGUAGUUUAAAGAUGUCUUAAUUUUAUGAAGAUAAAAGAUUUAGAAAAUGUCUCAAACUAUUAGAAACCUGACCACUGCUCUCCUAUAAUUUGAAUGAAAUGAAACAUUCCUAAUAAACAUACAUUUUGAAGAUAUCACUCUUCAGGAGUGCCAUUAUAAAUCUAGAAGUCCCUGGGUGGCACAAACAGUUAAGUGCUCUACUACCAUCUGAAAGGCCGGCAGUUCCAACCCACCUAGAGGCACCAACAAAGGCCUGGCGAUCGGCUUCUGAGGGUCACAACCUUGAAAGCUGUGCAGUGGUCCUACUCUGUACACAUGACGUCGCCAUGAGUCAGAAUCGACUUGACAGCAACUAACAAUAUAAAACUAGCUGCAUUAAUUCUGUCUGCCCGUUUAAGAGUCGGCAGAGUUUAUUUAUAUCAGGAAAAAUUUAAGAAAGGGUUUACUAUUCACUGUGCUAAAAAAUGUCCAGCUCAGUGGGUGCUUCUUCACCGAGGGAGCUCAUAGCCUGGUACUGAUAAGUUACAGGUACUAAGCAGUCUGCUAUCCCAAGAGACCCAUGAUCUUCAGAAAGCAUUUAAUAUUUAUUAUUUGUCUUCAAUCAUAAAAUACUUUAGGUCUGAGUUAGGACACUUGACAAAACAAUCACAGAGCUUUGAGAAAGACAAUUUGAGUAGCAUUAGUUAAGGUAGAUUAGGUAUUUUACCAUCUUCGUUUAAAAUUCCAAGGUUCCUUACUCAGCAGAAUUUAAGCACAUGCACAAAUAGCUGUCGACUUGAAAUAAAGGAAUUUACGAGAUAAGAAGCCAGAUAAAUACGUGUUUUGACACCUUGGAGCCCCUGUUAAAGGCACAGGCUCUGUCAUCCUAUGGGUCCCUAAAUGAUGGCAUGGAGUACUGCCUCUGCCAAUUGGAUGACGAGAAGAAAGAAUAAUUUGUAUUGUGUCAAGUCAGAUUCCAUGAUUUAUCAAUAUUCUAAGUCAUUCCCCUCCAGUCAAAUGCACCCUCAACUAUGAAGUUCCCUUCUUUUAAAGACACUUAGUAAAAUCUAGGACAAGAAUGUGUGAAUGAUUUAGAAUUUCCCCUCUAUGGCCUAUUUAGAUGAGGCAGUCAGCAAUGGGGAAGGUUUUCCAAUAUCCCACUGUCAUCUUAAUAGAGUACCAACAACGCGAACAAUGUAGCUUCUCCAGCUUUCAGAGAGAUGAGCACCAGAUGAAGUCAGUGUUUAGAAACUUAAAACAGUGGACUCAUACAGCAAAAUGCUUACACUACGAGGUACAGAGGAACCAGGCCCCACGCUGGCCAGCAGGUUCACUUGUCUGAGGCAUAGAUUUAGGUUCCAUGGGUAAAGUAACCCUGGUUUACUUUUUUUUUCCUUUGCUGGUCACUUAGUUGAAUUUCAUGCAAACAUGCAAAGUACAUAUUUCAUGUAUGAGCCACUCUGAUUUCUCUUAGCAGGAUACUGUCCUAUUUCCAUUAUUUAUACUCAAAUGAGCUAAAAAAUUAAAACAUGAAGCCCAUUUGUGACAAUCCCUACUGGGACAAAAGCCCUCAAGUCCACCUAUGAAAUGUCAGCUCAGUUCUGUGCCCAUGCCUUAAUACAGUGUAAGACCUUAGUCAAAAUACGAUGGGUAUUCUGGUACACUAAAUUUAGUAAAAGACUAACUUGACAACCCUUAAGUAAUUGAAGUGCGGCUUGAAAUUCAUUUAAAAAAAAAAAAUUUAUUGAGCACCUACUAUGUGCCAGGUACCUGUUCUAGGUACUUUUGAUACUUCAUGAACAAAGACCUUUGCCCUUACUGCAUUCUACCAGAGGGAGUACAACAGGUAAGUUAUAUGUUUCAGGGUAAAGAGAACCAGGAUGUCAGGCUGCAAAUUUGGAGGUAACAUAUGAGUAAAAAAUGAUGAAAGGUUCAGUGCCAGAAUUCUCGCCUUCUAUGUAAGUGACCUGGGUUCAAUUUUGGCCAGUGCACCUCAGAUGCAGCCAACCAGUCUGUGAGUGGAGGCUUGCAGGUUGUUAUGAUGCUGAACAGAUUGCAAGCUUCCAGACCAAGGCAGACUAGGAAGAAAGGCCUGGCAAUCAACUUGCCAAAAAUCAGACAACAAAAACCCUAUGGAUCACAAUGGUCUGAUCCACAACUGAUCAAGGGGGUGGGGAUGACACAGGUGCAGAUGGCAUUUUGUUCAGUUGUGCAUUAGGUCACCAACAGUCACGGGCCUAUAAGAAGACAGCUAACAAGAGAAAGUUGCAGGAGUCCCUAGGUGGUACACAUGGUUGCUAACCAAAAGGGCGGAAGUUAGAAUCGACCUAGAGGUGCCUUGGAAGAAAGGCCUGGUGAUCCACUUCUAAAAAAAAUCAGCCAAUGAAAACUCUAUGGAGCAUAGUUCUACUCUGACACAUGGGGUCAUUAUAAGUAGGAGUUGACCUGAGGGCAACUGGUAGGCCAUUGUAAGGUCUUCUGACUUUUACUUAGAGAAUAAGCCAUCUAAGACUAAGCUCUAUAAAGGAUUACUCUCAACUUGAAGUUAUUUUGCCGUAUUUUGUGUGUCUCAAAGCUACUGACAUGACUGCUAUGAGGACAGACUGGGAUGGAUAAGGAGACAGAAAUGAGACAACAAAGACCAGUUAGGAGACAUGUGAAAUAAUCCAGGCAAGACAUGACAAUGUCUUAGAGUAACAGCAGUAGAGAGAGUGAGACUUUAGGUGGAACCUAAAUUAGAGAAAGGAUAUGAAGAGUUCAGAAAAAACAACGAAACCCACUGCCACUGAGUCGAUUCCAACUCAUAGUGACCCUAGAGGACAGAGUAGAACUGCCCCAUUGGGUUUCCAAGGAGGGGCUGGUGGACUGGAACUGCCAGCCUUGUGGUUAGCAGCCAAGCUCUUAACUACUGUGCCACCAGGGCUCCAUGAAGAGUUUGGGGCUAAGGUUUUUUUGCUGAGGAACUACAAGAAUGGAAUUGCCACUAACUUAUAAACAGCAGCUGAGCAUUGUCUGAUACAGUGCCAGAAGAUGAGCCCCUCAGGCUGGAAGGCACUCAAAAUAUGACUAGAGGAAGAGCUGCCUUCUCAUAGUCGACUAUAAUGACAUGAUGGAGUCAAACUUUUCGGAACCUUCAUUUGAAGAUGUGGCAUGAAUCAAAAUGAGAAGAAACAGCUGCAAACACCCACUAAUAAUUCGAAUGUGGAACAUACAAAGUAUGAAUCUAAAGAAUUGGAAAUCAUCAAAAUGAAAUGGAACACAUAAAUAUCGAUAUCCUAGGCAUUACUGAGCUGAAAUGGGCUGCCACUGGCCAUUCUGAAGGAGAAAAUCAUGCUGUCUACUAUGCCAGGAAUGACAAAUUAAAGAGGAAUGGCACUGCAUUCACCAUCAAAAAGAACAUUUCAAGAUCUACCCUGAAGUAAAAUGCUGUCAGUGAUAGGGUAAUAUCCAUACACCUAAGAGGAAGACCAGCUAAUACAACUAGUAUUCAAAUUUACACACUAACCACUAAGGCCAAAGUUGAAGAAAUUGAAGAUUUUUACCAACUUCUUUAGUCUGAAAUUGAUCAAACAUGCAGUCAAGAUGCAUUGAUACUUACUGGUUAUUGGAAUGCAAAAGUUGGAAACAAUGAAGGACUGGUAGUUGGGAAAGAAAUGCUGCUGGAGAUUGCACGAUAGCAUUUUGCAAAACCAAUGACUUCUUCAUUGCAAAUACCUUUUUUUCCACCAACAUAAACUGAGACUAUACAUGUGGACCUCACUGGACAGAAUACACAGAUAUCAAAUCAACUACAUCUGUGGAAAGAGACUAUGGAAAAGCUCAAUAUUCAUCAGAACAAGACCAGGGGCCCAACGCAGAACAGACCAUCAACUGCUCAUUUCCAAGUUCAAGCUGAAGCGGAAGAAAAUCACAACAAGUCCACGAGAGCUAGAGCUAAAGUAUGACCUUGAGUAUUUCUACCUGAAUUUAGAGACUAUCUCAAGAAUAGAUUUGAUGCAUUGAAUACUAAUGAUCAAAGAUCAGGCAAGUUAUGGAAUGACAUCAAGGGCAUCGUAUGUGAAGAAAGUAAGAGGUCAUUAAAAAGACAGGAAAGAAAAGACCAAAAUAGAUGUCAGAAGAGACUCUGAAAGUUGCUCUUGAAUGUUGGGUAGCUAAAGCGAAACAGAAGAAAUGACGAGUAAAAGAGCUAAACAGAAGAUUUCAAAGGGUGGCUCGAGAAGAGAAAGUAAAGUAGUGUAAUAACAUGUGCAAAGACCUGGAGCUAGAAAACCAAAUGAGAAGAUCACACUCCAUGAUUCUCAAGCUAAAAGAACUGAAGAAAAAAUUCAAGCCUUGAGUUGCAAUACCGAAAAUCUACAGGGAAAAUAUUAAACGACGCAGGAAGCAUCAAAAGAAGAUGGAGGGAAUAUACAUAGUCACUGCACCAAAAAGACUUGGUCGAUGUUCAAAUAUGUAGGAGGUAGCAUGUGAUCAAGAACCAAUGUUAGCGAGCAAGUCCAAGCUAAACUGAAGACAGGGAAAAACAAGGCUCCAGGAAUUGACAGAAUACUGAGAUGUUUCAACAAACAGAGGUAGCACUGGAGGUACUCACUACUACCUGGCUGACCAACUGGAAAAGAUUCCUAUUUGUGCUCAUCUCAAAGAAAGGUGACCUAAUAGAAUGCAGUAAUUAUCAAACAAUAUCAUUAGUAGAAGAGCCCCUCACAAAAAGGAUUUUUCCAGCCCAAAAUGUCAAUAGUGCUAAGGUACUAAGGAUCAUUAAAACCAGGUUAAAUUUUUUAUGGCUACCAUCCACUACACCAAUGCUUCUCAAACACUAACAGGUAUAUGAACUACCUGGGGAUCUUGUGAAAGCCCUAUACCACUUUUGGGGUUUGUUUUAAAGAAAGAAUUGGUGAAAUAUAAUCACCAAGUUAAAAAGAAAAAAAGUUCAUAAUUUGUUUCACUAAUUAGGUCAAUUAUAAAUGAGUAUUUCCGAGUACAUUUAUAAUUGAUUUAAUUAGUGGAAAUAUGCUAUUAGAAUUCAAGAAAAAAUUCACUGAAGCAUAUUUUAUUCCCUUCUUCGUAGGAAACCUAAGCCACCAUGUAUGGAAAAUGAGUUAAAUUUGCUGAAUCAUGCUUUCACAUAUCAAAUCCCUAAAAAAAAAAAAAAAAAAACCAGAUUCUACUAAUCUCUUUGAGAAAAAACUCAACAGCUGUUAAGCUGAUCUAUUAUGUACCAAAUAUUCUAUAAUGUAGUUAGUUACAGGAGAAGUAAUUUAGAAUCAGAACUCAAGUUUUUUAUAAUAGCACUCAAAUCUUAGAUGAUUUGGUGUAUUAAAAGAUUGACUUUUAAACCAUAACAGAAAAUCAACUUCAUUUGACUCCUGGAAAAUGCUCACAUUUAAAACAUUGGUUUUAUUCACAUACUACCCAUCUAUCUGUUCAUUAAAAAAACAAGCAGAUUAGAAGUAAAUGUUUUAUUCUUUCAACUAAAUUCCAGUACUACAAGGGCAGUAAAACAAUGAUACACUGGGGGGAUGCAGCAAUAAACAUUUGUUAAAAAGACUGAUAGAAUAAAUAAAAACUACCAAAAAAAAAAAAAAAAAAUCAUAUAAACCCAUUCUGAAACCCCAAGAA